UCUCCAUCAUGUGUUGAAAACACACGCCGUUUGACCUUUGUGCGGAGAGAGGACAGUAAAAGCCCAACAGUUGGUUCCGGUGCACCGAACUCGACAAAAUGUCCUCCCUAAGUGCUCGCAUUGGCCCUUCCAUUCUUAAUGCCGACUUAUCGCAGCUCCACGUGGAAUCUCAACGCUUGCUCGACAAUGGCGCGGACUAUCUUCACUUGGACGUCAUGGACGGUACGUUCGUACCGAAUCUAACCUUCGGCCAUCCGGUGGUGAAGUGUUUGAGGAACAAAAUCAAGGAUGCCUUCUUUGAGACGCACAUGAUGGUCCAAAACCCACAACAGUGGAUUGAACCGAUGGCCGAUGCCGGUGUCCAGCAGUACACUUUCCACAUCGAACCGGUCAUGGAGCGCGUGCCAGAUAUUUGCCGGAAGGUGCGUGAGUCCGGCAUGAAGGUUGGGCUGGCGCUGAAACCGGGCACGGCAGUAGACGCGGUUCAACAGUACAUAGCCGACGCAGACAUGGUGCUGGUUAUGACCGUGGAACCCGGCUUCGGUGGACAAAAGUUUAUGGCCGACAUGAUGCCAAAAGUACAAUGGUUACGCGAGCACUAUCCCACGCUGGACAUCGAGGUGGACGGAGGAGUGGGGCUGGCUACGAUAGAGCAAUGCGCGAAGGCUGGCGCCAAUAUGAUCGUGGCCGGAACGGCGAUAAUUCAAGCUAACGAUCAGGCUGCAGUUAUUCGAGAUCUGAGAAGUUCCGUCCAGGGAGCGAUCUCGAAAGGAUGUUGUUGAUUCUGGUUUGAAACCGCUCAAGAAUCUGUUUUACUCAUCAGAUUCAUCCAAGAAAAAAUUAAAUUUUUGAAAUUGCUCGAAAGAUGCUCGAAAGUUCAAAAUUCACUGGAAAGUUGACUACAUUUUUUACGAGAAAAAAAUGGUUACAACUAACAAAUAAAAUUACUUACAUGAACUAAAAUUUUCUCCAUCAUUAUAUGCAGACUACUCAAUAUACUCAUUUCGUUUCAAUUGGUUCUACUGAACAUUCUAUAGAUGAUCAAUAAACAUAACGCCGAUCGUUAAUUAUUUUUCUAUUAUUUUUAUUAUAUAUUUAGUUUCUUAUAAAUUCCAGCCAUUAGUUUACACAAUUAUAUUAUUAUAUUAUUUAUAAUUAUUUUUUUAUUUACUGUUUCUGUUCUGCACUUGCAGCUCUCACAAUCUCUCUCUUUCGUCCGACGCUUUCCUUUGCUCUAUCUUUUGUU